AUGCUACUUUGUCGGAAGGGUCUCGACUUAGAAACAGGAUAUGCACAAGUUUGCAAUAAAUGCUACAAUGAUUUAGUCAAAAAUAAGCUUCCUACAUUGUCACGAAGUAAUCUGAUGUGGAUUGGUGAUGUUUCUCAAGAUUUGCAAGAACUUACUCUACCAGAACAAAAAUUAAUUGCAUUAUAUCGACAUUCGAGUUGUGUUAUUAAAUUAUUCAGUAUUACAGGCGAUCCAUCUUUGGCACAAACAACACUUAAAGGCAAUGUAAUAACAUUUCCUCAAAAUAUAUCAGAUAUUGCAAGAUGUCUGCCGUUGUCACCAAAUAUAUUACCAAAUAUUAUUAAAAUUAUCUUUGUGGACCAAACACUUCCAAGCAAGGAUCAUGUACGUUCAAUUCUUAGUAUCCGUCGAGAAAUUAUUCGAACAGCACUUAUUUGGUUAUAUAAAAAUAAUAUUUUGUAUAAAGAUAUUAAUAUUGAUCAUUUACUAAUUGAUACAUUACCAAUAAAUGAUGUACCGGAUUGCUUAUGGAAUACUAUGUCUUUGUUAGAUGAAUCACAAUCUUGCAAUGUUGAACGAUCUUCUUAUGUACCAAAUAAUGUAGAUCCAAAUGAACUUUUUUUAAAAGAUGUGAUUCCUUUAAAUACAAGUGCUUUGAUCGAUACGAGCGUCGGUAAUGAAAACAUCUAUGUUGUACCACACGGUUCAGAUCCAGUGAAUGAAUAUUUUAAUACAUCAUUUUUACCAGGUAUGCAAAUGAUUGAAUCAUUAAUAGUGCUAUAUUUAGAUCAUAUUGAUUAUAAAGGUUUAUAUCCAACUUUGUUUUCAUACGGUGUUGGUGGUGUUGAAAAUGAACGAAGACAAGUGCGUGUGCCAUAUUCAAAACAUAUUCGUUACUUGCUGUCAUAUCAUGAUCAUCGUUUUGAAAUGAAUAAGACAUUUAUAUUUGUGACUUUUAACAUUUUACAACGACGAACAGCAUGUGUCAAAUCACGUAUACUUUUAUCAAGACCUUACUUUAGCUCACAAACUAAUGAAAUAAAUUAA